AGGGGGCCGCGCGGCGGCGGCGCCGGGGCGGGCGCGCGUCCGCGGCGGUGAUGGCGGUGCGUGAACGCGCGGCGGCAGCAAUGGCCGCUCUGGAGCGGCGGGUGCCGAGUCUCGAUGACUUCGCGGGACAGAGCUGGAGCUCGUGGGUGGAGCGGGCCGAGCUGCCUGCGGCCGACGGGGCUGAGUUGGAGGAGAGCAACAAAAACAUGAAGAAGUUGGAUGCCAUGACCCUCAUUAAAGAAGACAUGUCCAUCUUCGGGCACUGCCCUGCCCAUGAUGACUUCUAUUUGGUUGUGUGUAACCAUUGCAGCCAAGUGGUGAAGCCUCAAGCUUUCCAGAAGCACUGCGAAAGAAGACACGGGCCCCUCAGCAAGCUUUACGCCCGGGCCCCACCCCCACCUCCAGCCCCUGCCAGCUCUCAGAAAUGCCAUGUAGUGAAUGGGCAGGGCCCAGCUUACAGGGCCUCAGGUUCCGCCAAAACCUCCUCCAGGGAGAAGGGCCAGGGGUCCCGGAGCCGUGGCCACCAGCCUCCCGAGAAGACCCAGAAAGACAACCUCUGCCUUUUCGUGCCUGUGGUGAAUCUGGAGAAGAUGUCCAGUCUCCCGAAGCCCGACGGACACGGAAUCAGGGUGGCCCCGCCCUCUGCUUUCCUCAGCCAGCCAGGCAGCCUCGCCAAGGACUCCCCUGGAAAAAACCCCAUGGCACCCCCUUCUAAAGAACCUCCUGGCAGAGAAGGCAUUGAGAUAACCCCCAGCGAGGGCCUGAGUCACCGGGCUGAAGGCAGCCCCCCUGAAAAGGAGCCUGGUGGGACCAGGCUGCCCCCUAAAACCCACCGGAAGAUGGCUCGGAAGGAGUGCGACCUCAACAGGCAGUGCGGCGUAGUGAAUCCAGAGACCAAAAAGAUCUGUACCCGCCUGCUGACCUGCAAGAUCCACUCGGUGCACCAGCGCCGGGAGGUUCAGGGCCGAGCCAAGGACUUUGACGUGCUGGUGGCAGAGCUGAAGGCCAGCUCCCGCAAAGGGGAGUCUCCCAAGGAGAAGAGUCCAGGGCGCAAGGAGUCAGCUCUCGAGCGCCCCUCCCAGGAACCCCCCUCCUCAGUCCAGGCGGUGGCAGCAGCGGCUGCUCCCGGCAGCACCUUCUCUGCUCGCACCAAGCAGACCUACCCAUACUGUGCACUGCCCAGGUCCCGGGCCUCCUCUGAGAGUGAGUUGGAUGCCGAAGGCCCUGGUGGUGGUGAUGGGGACCCAGGCCUGUUUCCCUUCCCCCUGCCCCGGGGGGGGGCCCAGGCCUCCAGUGAGGAGAGCGAGGAGGAGGGCACAUCUGACGACCUCUGCCUCCCCACUGACUGCCACUAUGCAAGCCGGCCCCCUCGGCCACAGGCGUUCUGCACCUUUGGAAGCCGGCUGGUGAGUCCUGGAUGCUACGUGUUCAGCCGCCGGCUGGACCGGUUCUGCUCAGCACUGAGCUCCAUGCUGGAGCGGCAUCUCAGCUCACACAUGUGGAAGAAGAUCCCCCCUGCGGCUGAGCCUCCAUCCCACCUUGUCAGCUCCCCUCCGGCUGCUCCCCUGAGCCCAUCCUCUGCAAGCAGCUGCCCCCGGCUUCCAGGCCCACCCCCUAGACCCGCCUGCCCAGCCUCCAUGCCCCCUGCCAAGGACAGCCUAGUUCCCAGCUACCCUGCAGGCUCCCCCAGUGUGGCAGCCGCCUGCAGCCAGGCGGAAUGCAUGGGCGGAAGCCAGGCUAUCACCUCACCACUGCCUGCCAACACGCCGUCCCCGUCCUUCUGCAAGCUCCCGCCUUCCAAGGCCAGCAAGUCGUCCAAAGGCAAGGACGCGCUUGAGGUGGAGGCUCCUUCUCGAAAGCGGAAGUUAUCCCCUGGCCCCACCACUUUCAAACGGACCUGCAUCCUGGAGCCCACUGGAAAAGGCAAACCCCCUGGCUGCCGGGGCCUCUCGGCCAAGACUAAGACCGCUCUGGGCGUGGGGCUCAAUGGGACGGUGGGGCCGAGAGUGAAGCGAGCAGGGCCCCUGGACUGCCGGGGCCCCCCUCAUCCGCCCCCUACGCCGGUCAAGGCUUCUCAGCUGGACAGCCAGGGAGGGGCUGGACUCGCAGCCAAGGCCCUGCCGACCAGCUGCCUCUCCGAGGAAGAGGUAGCCAAGAAGCGGAAAAACCUGGCCACUUACUGCCGGCCAGUGAAGGCCAAGCACUGCCAGGCUGGUGCCCCCGCCGACGCGGCCUGCUCCGUGCGCCGCAAGAAGCCGGGUCCGGCCCUGGCCUUUGAGGACAAGUGUUCUCCACUGAAGUCAAAAGCCCAUUAACGAGAAAGUGCCUGCCCACUGCGAUGGAGACGCCAGCACCUCCUCCCCUCCAGAUCCGGGCCCCAGGCUGCUGCCGCUUUUUAUAACUUUAUAUUAUUUUUUUUAAGAAAAAAAAAAAACUCUUUAAAAUACCUCAAGACUGUCUCCCUGUUCUGUUGCUGCUAAGAAAAUACAAAAACAAACAUAGAGAAGGAAGC